AUCGGGGGGUUUUCUAUCCUCACUAUCAUCAAGAUCCCCUCCAGGAUAAAGGAAGAGAAAAGAAAAAAGAGAAAAUGGCAACGGCGACAGCGACCAGCACUUAUGCUUCGAUGUCCAAGGUUAGCAAUGACGAUCUUGUCCAAGAUGCACAGCAGGCACUUGAGCGCGCAACGGCUUAUUCGUUCCACCACCGUCACGACGACGGGCACUGGUACGGCGAGCUCAAAUCCAAUGCCACCAUCACGGCGGAGUAUGUCAUGUUGCGAUAUAUCCUCCAGCUGGACCUGUCUGCAGACCGUGCUGCCUUUAUAACGUACUUUCUCACCGAUCAAAAUGCGGACGGCUCCUGGGGCAUUGCCCCUCACUACCCCGGUGACGUUUCGACCAGCACCGAGGCCUAUUUUGCCCUCAAACUGCUAGGGCUGCGGCCAGAUAGAGCCGAGAUGCGGCGUGCCCGAGCGUUUAUCAUCUCCGCUGGCGGUGUAGCGGCCGUCCGGAUCUUCACGCGCCUUUUUCUGGCGACUUUUGGGCUGUUUCCGUGGAAGGCGGUGCCAGAGCUGCCAGCAGAGCUCAUCCUCCUGCCCAACUCUGCACCGAUGAGUAUAUAUCGAUUCUCGUCGUGGGCUCGUGGCACCAUCGUUCCUUUACUGCUGAUCCGCCACCAUCAGCCGAUCUUCUCGCUGCCCAACGGACGGUCCGAGACCAAUGACUAUCUGGACGAGCUGUGGUGCAAUGCCGCUGAAAAAGCAGUGCCAUAUGCGCCACCACUGCUGACCUUGCUGCGUACAGAUCUGGUGGCUAGUGCGUAUGCGGCAGCCGAUAGCGUCCUGCGCUGGCUCGGCGGGCUGCGAGCCUCUCCAACCCGGGGAUACGCGCGACGGUGCUGCGUGCAAUGGAUACUGGAGCAUCAAGAGGUCGACGGUGACCUGGGUGGCAUCUUUCCCCCGAUGCAUCACGGGCUGCUGGCUCUAUUUCUCGAAGGGUUUGAGCUCGACGAAGCCCCGAUUCGCAAAUUCCUGGACGCAAUGGAGCGGUUCGCCUGGCAGGAUCAGCGUGGGGGGAAGCGUAUCCAGGCCUGCGUCUCGCCGGUCUGGGACACGAUUCUGACAGUGAUCGGACUCUGUGAUGCGGGCGUCCCGACCGGCCUGGUGGACCGGUCGAUCGAGUGGAUCCAGGCUCGUCAGCUCCUCGACCCUCACGGCGACUGGCGCAUCUACCGACCCAGCCUGGCCCCUGGUGGGUGGAGCUUCGAAUAUUCCAAUACCUGGUACCCCGACGUUGAUGACACGGCAGCCGCGGUGCUGGCGCUAAUCAAGCAUGACCCGCGAGCCUGCCGUUCGUUCUCUGUCCUCCGCGCGGUGGAAUGGAUCCUUGGCAUGCAAAAUGGCGAUGGCGGUUGGGGAGCCUUUGAUGUGGAGAACGAUCGGCUCUACUUAAACAAGAUCCCAUUCAGCGACAUGGACAGUCUCAGCGACCCAUCCACCGCCGACGUGACGGGCCGCAUCGUGGAAGCGUUCGGGCUGUUCCUGAAGAUGCAGGCCUCGUCAGUACCGCCGGUUCCCAUGGAUGUGAUCGACCGCGUGACUGCUGCCUGUGAGCGGGCGCUACUCUAUCUCGCUCGGAUCCAGGAGACGACGGGAGCCUGGUACGGCCGCUGGGGUGCCAACUACAUCUAUGGCACCAGCAAUGUGCUCGGUGGGCUCGCGUACUUCGCUGUGCGGGAUAACGACCCCGGGCAGGUCGACGUGGGUGUCCAGGACGCCAUUCAGUCAGCGGUGGAUUGGCUCACUUCCAUCCAGAAUGCGGACGGCGGCUGGGGGGAGACCCUGCUGUCAUACCGGGAACCUCAGAUGGCCGGUAGGGGACCAUCCUGCGCGUCACAGACGGCAUGGGCCCUUAUGGGCUUGCUGGCGCACCGUCCGGUCAGCGACACAAGCAUUCGACGAGGCAUCCGAUACCUGGUGCGGAUGCAAGCGUGCGACCAGGAAUGUAAGGGACAGGCCACCUGGCACGAGACCUAUUAUACAGGCACGGGGUUCCCCAAGCAUUUUUACCUGGGAUACGCCCUCUACCCGCAUUAUUUCCCGAUGAUGGCGCUGGGACGGUAUGUGAACGCUGCGAACGUCAAGGGGUUGUCUCUUCAGAUUGGGUUCUAAUGAGGAAGGAAGAGAAAGUGGGAGGGUAUAUAGA